GUGAGGAGGGUUUUGGGAAGGUAGGGACCAGUGCUCAAAGCGUGGGGCGCGAGCUCGCAACCGGAGCUGUCCCCGGGACUUAGUGCUGAAGUAGGCGCUGACGAACCAGGCGCCUGGUGCGGUGGUCAGAAAAGACCAUGGCGUUCAUGGUGAAGUCCAUGGUGGGUGGCCAACUGAAGAACCUCACAGGGAGCCUGGGGGGCGGCGAGGACAAGGGGGACGGAGACAAGUCUGCAGCCGAAGCACAGGGCAUGAGCCGAGAAGAGUACGAGGAGUAUCAGAAGCAACUGGUGGAGGAGAAGAUGGAGCGAGAUGCACAGUUCACACAGAGGAAGGCAGAGCGGGCCACACUGCGAAGUCACUUCAGAGACAAAUACCGUCUGCCCAAGAACGAAACAGAUGAAAGCCAGAUCCAGCUGGCAGGCGGAGAUGUGGAGCUGCCUCGGGAGCUAGCCAAGAUGAUCGAGGAGGAUACGGAGGAAGAGGAGGAUAAGGCCUCUGUGCUCGGGCAGCUGGCCAGCCUCCCUGGCCUAGACCUCAGCUCACUCAAGGACAAAGCCCAGACUACACUAGGGGACCUCAAGCAAUCAGCUGAGAAGUGCCAUAUCAUGUGACCACUUCCCCCUGGAUUCUCCUCUAGGAUGGCCAGAGGGCUGGUCCACAUGAGGGCUAAGAGAGUGAGUGUCUCAACUUCCGGAUACCUCCAGUCCAUUUUGGACUCUGCUUUCCCUGCCCCAGCCUAGCCUGAGCCGUCUCGUCCAUGUCCAGCUCUAGCUCUGGUCUCUCUCUCUCUCUCUCUCUCUCUCUCUCUCUCUCUCUCUCUCUCUUUAUUGUCAGCAAAGUUCCCAUUCUUCCCUCUCUCCCUCCGCUGCCUGGAAAGUUUCCCCGAGUUGAUAGAAUUAGCCCAACCCUUUCUGGGUACAGCCUCCUGUUCUUCACACAAGAGCACUCACAAGAGGACACAGAAGCCCUGGCUCAUUUGCCACAGAUGCAUCCUGGCACACACAGACACACGUCUCCUGGGCUCCCAGCCCCUCCAGAUACCAGCACCCAGAGGCCCUUAGGAGAGCCUCUGGGCACACAGAAGACCUGCUCUUAUCCCUACCUUUAUGAUCCUAGAAGCUUUUCUUCUUUCUGGGUUUUACCAUCUGUAAAAUGGGAAUGGACUGAGUGAUUUCCAAAAUUCUCUCCUGAUUGGCAUUCCUGGCCACUCAGAAUAGAGCCCACAUCCCUUCUUGGGCAGGGCAGCAGCUGCAGUCCCAGCAUCACACAGCUGCCACUGUGGGUUCUGGGAGCUGAGCAAUGCUGUGUGAGGGGCAGAGUGCCAGGGAUGGAGCUGGCACUGAACAGUAGCUCCAGGCCUCCUCUGGGCCCAGGGCUGAGCCAAACUGUGUUCUGUUCCUGUAGAAUUCUCUGGAUUCCAUAGUUGGAAUUUCCUCUUCUCGUUCAGUGAAAAAUAAAAAUUCCAAAUGACGUGGCUAUCUUCCCACUUCCUGCUGACUUGGGGUUCACAGGCCCCAGGCCUGCCCUUUUGAGGGACCUCAUCUGCUUCUUCACCUGCAGCUUCAGAGGAUUCUAGGAGAGAAUCAGGGCUGCAGGUGAGGGUGGGGCCUCACUGAGGGAGCAGAUGCCCUUUGGCCAGAUGAAGUUAAGUCUAAGCACUAAGAGUGAGGAGGGUGUGGCAGCCAUCUGGAUGGAGAGGUACACGGGAAGAUGGAGCUUAGGGUGUUCCUGAGACUAGAGAAAGGGCUGUCUCUGACACCUGUCCUGUACUUUCCCCUCACCUAAGAGAUGGAGAAUGAAACAGAGAAAAAAAGCAUCAUUGUGCUCCAACCUGGCUCUGCUCUGCAUCCCUGAGCCUAUGUUAAAUGAAGAGUUCUCCUCCCCAAGAAUAAUACGUGUUUCAAAGAGUAGCCAUUUGUCCCCCACCCCCACCUCCUUGGUAGUGCUGGGGGACCCAGGGCCUCACACACUGCAUACUAAGGCAAAUGGUCUGCCACUCAGCCACACCCACAGCCCCUCCCCCCACACACCAUGCUGCUUAUCAGCUGUUGUAACACAUUCUUUAAAGUAACAGAGGCUGAGGAGCCAGCAGUCAUGCUACACUGAGUGAGACCUGGUGGUGAAGACAGUGUUAGUCCCACCUCACAGGGAGGUGGCCUGAGAUGGCAAGCUGGUGUCCUCAAAGUUUGUGUUUAGGCAGUGUGUUUCAGUUUCUGCCGGGUUUUCUUCUCUCUCUGUGUUCCCCCUCCCCCUCCCCCCUCUCCCUUUCUCUCUCUGUAUGUGUGUUAGUUGGUAUUAUUGUCAUUUUGUUUUCUUUCAGACAGAAUCUCAUGUAGCUCAGGCUAGCCUCAAACUCCUAGGUAGGCAGGAAUGAUCUUGGGCUUCUGAUCAUCUUGCCUCAACUUCCCAAGUACCCUGCUUACAGGAACAGGCUAUCACAUGUAACUUCUGCUGUGCUUCGAACCUAACCAAGGCCUUUGUACAUGUUAGGCACGCACCAACAGGCUGCAUCCUUCUCCUGUGUUUGGUGGUGUUUUUAAAUUUAAUUACUCUAUGUGUAUGAAUAUUUGUCUGCACACAUGUCUUUGCUCAUGUGUGCUUGGUGACCAAGGAGGUCAGAACAAGGCGUCAGAUGCCCUGUGCCUGGAGUUACAGAUGGUUUUGAGUUGUCAUGUGGGUGCUGAGAAUUGAAUCUGUGUCUGGAAAAGCACUGAGCCCUCUCUCCAGCCCCUUUGUCUUAGAGAUGGGAUCUCACUAUGUAGCCCAAGCUAGCCUCCCAAGUGCUAGGAUUACAGAUGUGCAGCAACACUAUGUAUGACUUUAAUGAGGAAUAAAAAGGGGGAAAAAAGUUCUUAA